AAUCAAUAGAUGAUUUACUUCCAAGAUUAUAAUGUAUAAAAAAUAGUAUAUUCGCUUAAACAUUACAAAAUCGUAACACAUGAGAAACUUAAAACAAUCUUAAUUUAGAGUUGGUUACGUACAAUAUCCUACAAAAGUUUAUAGAUUGAUAUGAUAAACGUAUGAUGGUGGUAGCAUUCCUCGCUUGCUCUUGUAGUAUAUAUUUUAUUAAUAUAUACUAUCUCUCAAGUUAUACACAUUUCCAGCAAAAGUCUUUCUAGUUUCUAAUUGGUUGAUUGGAAGCCAUAUUUAAUGUUUUGCUACGCAAGCGUUUGAUUAUAUGCUGGUUGUGUAUAUACUAUAUAUGUACAUAACACUUAGCGUGAAAAAUGGCGGCGAAUAUCUGUGGAGUUUUCCGCGAAAAUUUGCAAAAUGCUAUUCUUAAAAGUAAAGUUCUUGUGGUUGGUGCAGGAGGGAUCGGUUGCGAAAUCUUGAAAAAUCUUGUAAUGACUGGUUUUAGUGAUAUUGAAAUUAUUGAUUUGGAUACUAUUGAUGUAAGUAACUUAAAUAGACAAUUUUUAUUUCAAAAGAAACACGUGGGAAAAUCUAAAGCUGAAGUAGCAAAGGAAACUGCUUUAACUUUUAAUCCUAAUGCCAAAAUAAUUCAUUAUCAUGAUAGUAUUACAUCAUCAGAAUUUGGAUUAUCCUUCUUUAAAAAAUUCUCUUUAGUUAUGAAUGCUCUUGAUAAUAGAGCGGCAAGAAAUCAUGUAAACCGUAUGUGUUUAGCAGCUGACGUACCAUUAAUUGAAUCUGGAACAGCAGGUUAUGAAGGACAGGUAGAACUAAUUAAGAAAGGUUUAAGUCAGUGUUAUGAAUGUACUCCUAAAGCGGCACAAAAAACAUUUCCAGGAUGUACAAUACGUAAUACACCGAGUGAACCAAUUCACUGUAUUGUAUGGGCAAAGCACCUUUUUAAUCAGUUAUUUGGCGAAGAAGAUCCUGAUCAAGAUGUUUCACCAGAUACUGCAGAUCCUGAAGCAACUGAUACAGCUGCACAAGGUAGUUUAGAAUCAGAAUCAAAUAGUAAAGGAAAUGUUGAUCGUGUAUCAACGCGAUCUUGGGCACAAUCAUGUGAUUAUGAUUCCAAAAAAUUAUUUACAAAAUUUUUCCAUGAUGAUAUUAAAUACCUACUCAGUAUGGAAAAUUUAUGGAAAAAAAGAAGACCUCCAACACCUUUAGAUUGGUCAAAUUUACCUGAUGCUGUACCUGGAUCUAGUAAAGAAAUGUCUGAACCUGGACUAAAAGAUCAACAACGUUGGAGUAUUGCUAAAUGUGGAACUGUUUUUGCUGAAGCCAUAAAUAAUUUAAGCAAAAGCUUAAAAUCUAAUCAAGAAACAACAUCAGAUAAUCAUCUCAUAUGGGAUAAAGAUGAUCAACAUGCUAUGGAUUUUGUUGCAGCGUGUGCUAAUAUUCGAGCUUAUAUUUUUGGAAUACAACAAAAGACAAGAUUUGAUAUCAAGUCUAUGGCAGGAAAUAUAAUUCCAGCGAUAGCAACUACAAAUGCCAUCAUUGCUGGAUUAGUUGUUCUACAUGCAUUUUAUAUUCUUGAAAAUAGAUUAAAAGAAUGUAGAUCAGUAUACUUGCGUUUAAAAAUGAACCAUAGAAAUCAAUUAUUAGUACCAGAAAAAAAUGUUAAUCCUCCGAAUCCUAAAUGUUAUGUCUGUGCACCUACACCACAAGCUGUAUUAGCUGCAGAUACAUCCAAAAUGACAAUUAGAGAACUUGAUGAAUUGGUAUUGAAAAAUAGACUUAAUAUGAUUGCUCCGGACGUUAUAAUAGAUGGCAAAGGUAUAGUCAUCAUUAGUAGUGAAGAAGGGGAGACUGAAGAAAACAAUAAUAAAAUUCUAGAAGAAUUUGGAAUAAAAGAUGGUACAAUUUUAAAAGUCGAUGAUUUUCAUCAAAAUUAUUCAUUAACUAUCACAAUAAUGCAUCGAGAACGACCUUCUGUAAAGGAUGAAAGUCCAGAAUUUUUAAUACUAGCAAACGAAGAAGAUCUUAUGCCAAAAGAAGAAAAUAAUGAUUCUGAAAAACCAUCGACUUCAAAUGGCAAGAUUGAUAUCUCAUCUGAAGAUUCUAUAAUGAUUGUAGAAACAGAAGUUACUUCUGCAUUACAUACAGAUACAGCUAAGAAACGCAAAACUGAUAUGACUGAAAAUGACGUCCUCAUUAAAAAGCGAAAAUUGGAUAUUAAUAAUGGAGAGGAUGUUUCUAUUAUAGAAGAUGAUGCGACUGAUGAUCUUUCUUCCGAAAGAAAAACAUCAAGCACAAAAAAAAGUAGAUCUUCCACGGAUGAUGAUUGUUUAAUUGUAUAUGAUGAAGGCACUGAGACAACUUAAAAGAAAUAUAUAAAAAAAGUUGAUAAUGAUAAGAUAUGUCAUAAGAUAAAUGAACAUAUUCAGAGUAAUAGGUAUAUAUUAAUUUUCUUUUUUGUAUUUUAUUUAAGGUAAAUAGAAGUAAGCUUAAAUGAUGUGUCGAAUUUAUAUAUAAAUAGUUGUCAAAAAUCAUUUAAUUUUCUAACAUUUACAAGAAUAGUAAUUCUAUCCAUACAUCUUAAUUCAUACAUUAUAAUUAACGAUUGUGUUAUUUUGUCAAUAUUUAUAAUAUAGAAAUUAAAUUAAUUAAUAUUUUAGAUCAUUUCUUGUCUGCCUUCAUUUUUUUAUUUGCAUUGUAAAAUGUAAAGCGAUUGUUGUAUUCAUAAUUAAAAAAAUGUAUAAGAAAUAAAUAUUUUUUCCAUA